UAUAAAGUUUAAAAAUCAAACCAAUGAGCAAAUUAUGUUCAUAAAUCCUUUCAAGCUUCAUCAUCUUCUUAUAUAUAGACAAGACAGGAUAGCGUUAUAAGGGUUGGAAUUUCGAUCUCAUCAAUGAUCAGCGAAUCUUGAUGAUCGUCGAUUAGCUAUUCAACACCUGUAAAAUAUCCGAGCGUUUCACACCUAAUUACUUUCCCAAAUAUUACCAGUAAAAAUAUUAAAAAUAUAUUUUAUAAAAAAACCUUAAAAAACACCAUAAGCUAAAAACAUGAGGCGACUCAGCCCCUCUAAUUCACAGAAAUGCAGGGUGAUGAAGCCAGACUCUUGCUAAGUUUCCCCUCUAAUCGCUGCCCUACUCAGAUUGAAGUUGCUUAUAGAAAGAAAGUAUGGGAGUUGCAUCUUGACUUGUUUCCAGUUCAGCAAAAGCCUUUGGCGGAGUCUAAGUUCAAGUUGGACUCAUGCAAUGUUUUGAGGAAUAAAGUAAGCAAGCUCUACCUUUGAGGGAUAUGCAACAGCCUUGUGAUAUGAAGUUUCUGCUCUUGUGCUACUGAACAAAUGGUUGAAGAGAUGGCCCCACUUCGUUCCAUAGGAUAUGUUGAUCCUGGGUGGGAGCAUGGAACUGCUCAAGAUGAAAGGAAGAAGAAGGUUAAAUGCAACUACUGCGGGAAAGUAGUCAGUGGUGGAAUAUUUAGAUUGAAGCAACAUUUAGCCAGAUUGUCUGGUGAAGUUACUCAUUGUGAAAAGGUUCCUGAAGAAGUAUGCUUGAAUAUGAGAAAAAAUCUGGAAGGAUGUCGUUCUGGUAGAAAACGGAGGCAAUUUGAUUAUGAACAAGCUGCUUUAAGUAUCCAAUCUAAUGAGUACAGCGAUGGAGAAGAUGCUUCCGCAAGUUAUAAACACAAAGGCAAGAAAGUGAUGGGUGACAAGAACUUGGUUAUCAAGUUUACCCCUCUUCGGUCAUUAGGAUAUGUAGACCCAGGAUGGGAGCAUUGUGUUGCUCAAGAUGAGAAGAAGAGAAGAGUAAAAUGCAACUAUUGUGAAAAAAUAAUAAGUGGGGGCAUCAAUCGGUUUAAGCAACAUCUUGCUAGGAUCCCUGGAGAAGUUGCCUACUGCGAGAAGGCACCUGAAGAGGUAUAUCUAAAAAUCAAAGAAAACAUGAAAUGGCACCGAACUGGCAGAAGGCAUCGGAAACCUGAUACCAAGGAGAUAUCCACGUUCUACAUGCACUCAGAUAAUGAGGAUGAAGGUGGAGAGGAGGAGGGGUAUUUGCAAUGCGUAAGCAAGGAUAUAUUGGCUAUAGAUGAUAAAGUUUCUGACAAUGAUAUUAGAAAUAAUGUCAGAGGUAGAUCUCCUGGUAGUAGUGGUAACGGUGCUGAACCACUACUCAAAAAAUCAAGACUGGAUUCAGUAUUUUUGAAGUCCCUGAAAAGCCAGACAUCAGCACACUACAAACAACCAAGGGCUAGAACAGGCUUUGAGAAGAAAACUCACAGAGAAGUGAUAUCUGCCAUCUGCAAAUUCUUUUACCAUGCAGGAAUCCCUUCUAAUGCAGCUAACUCUCCAUAUUUCCAUAAAAUGCUGGAACUGGUUGGUCAGUACGGGCAAGGUUUGCAAGGUCCUUCGAGUCGACUGAUAUCUGGUCGUCUCCUUCAGGAGGAAAUUGCUAAUAUUAAGGAGUACUUAGUGGAGCUUAAGACAUCUUGGGCGAUCACUGGUUGUUCUGUUAUGGCUGACAGUUGGAACGAUGCACAGGGGAGGAUGCUGAUAAACUUUUUGGUCUCUUGCCCUCGGGGUGUUUAUUUUCUCUCUUCUGUUGAUGCAACUGAUAUCAUAGAAGAUGCAGUUCAUCUCUUCAAGUUGUUAGACAAAGCAGUGGACGAGGUUGGCGAGGAAUAUGUAGUCCAGGUGAUUACUAGGAACACUUUGAGCUUCAGGAAUGCUGGAAAGAUGCUUGAAGAGAAAAGGAGAAAUUUAUUUUGGACACCUUGUGCCGUCUAUUGUAUUGAUAGAAUGCUUGAGGAUUUUGUGAAUAUAAAAUGGGUGGGAGAAUGCGUAGAUAAAGCAAAAAAAGUGACAAGGUUUAUUUAUAACAACACCUGGUUGUUGAAUUUUAUGAAGAAAGAAUUUACCAAGGGACAGGAACUUCUUCAGCCUGCUGUUACAAAAUUUGGCACCAACUUUUUCACUUUACAGAGUUUGUUGGACCAGAGGGUUGGUCUUAAGAGAAUGUUCCAAUCGAAUAGAUGGCUUUCAUCCCGCUUUUCCAAAUCAGAUGAAGGAAAAGAGGUUGAAAAAAUUGUCUUAAAUGUCUCAUUUUGGAAGAAAAUGCAGUAUGUGAAGAAAUCCUUUGAACCAGUUGCUGAAGUUCUUCAAAGGAUAGGUAGUGACAAAAUCCGAUCAAUGCCGUUUAUAUAUAAUGACAUCUGUAGAACAAAGCUUGCAAUUAAAGCCAUUCAUGGUGACGAUGUUCGUAAAUAUGGACCUUUCUGGAGUGUGAUUGAAAGUAAUUGGAGUUCAUUGUUCCAUCAUCCUCUUUAUGUUGCUGCAUACUUUCUCAAUCCAUCCUAUCGUUAUCGCCCAGAUUUUUUGAUGAAUCCUGAAGUAUUUCGUGGUCUAAAUGAGUGUAUUGUUCGGUUGGAGGCAGACAACGGGAAAAAGAUUGCUGCAUCCAUGCAGAUACCUGAUUUUGUGUCGGCAAAAGCUGAUUUUGGAACUGAUCUGGCCAUAAGUACUAGAAGCGAACUUGAUCCAGCCUCAUGGUGGCAACAACAUGGGAUAAGUUGCUUGGAGCUGCAACGAAUUGCCAUACGCAUACUGAGCCAGACAUGUUCAUCAAUCGGGUGUGAGCAUAACUGGAGUGCUUUUGAUCAGGUUCACAUCAAAAGACACAACUGUUUGUCUCGGAAGAGAUUGAAUGACCAGACCUAUGUUCACUACAACUUGAGACUAAGAGAACGCCAACUAGGAAGGAAGCCGGAUGAGUUGGUUUCCUUUGACAGUGCCAUGUUAGAAAGUGUAUUAGAUGACUGGCUUGUGGAGACAGAGAAGUUAGCCAUGCAUGAAGAUGAGGAGAUCAUCUAUACUGAGGUGGAACAAUUUUGCGGAGAUGAUAUGGAUGAACAUGAGAGUGAAGAAAAGAGACCUGCGGAAAUGGUCACAAUAGCUGGUUUUAUUGAACCUUUGGAUGUUAUCCCUUCUGCUGGAGGUGUUACUACCGAUGAUGAUGGUCUCGAUUUUCUUGAUGAUGAUUUGACGGAUUAGUUUUUAUCUUCAAUGUGGCUCAUCAAAACUUGGAGUAAGCCAUGAGAUAUCUAUUUCCAGUAACUGGAUAUUAAUAGAAAGAAAAGUAAUUUGGCGUUGUCAAAAGACAGAUUCUUAUAUUGUAAUUUGUUGUGCCAUAUAUCAUUUUGGAAGUAUUAAUAUUUCACCAACAUUAUUUCAAAUUUACUUUUCUUUUGAUGCCAAUUCUUUAGUAGGUCAGCUCAUCUGUCUGCAUCAAUCCCCACAAUCGGUACCGUCUACCUUAUACAGCCUCCUUAACACUGUUAUGGUUGCCAAUUUUAUUUUUCUCUCUUAGUACAUGAUUGUCUGGCAUUUUCCAAUUUACUUUACUAGAACUCCUGUUAUCUUGAUGAUGAUAAUUUCUCUUCUUGAUCUUGCAGCAUUCUCUUUAAACAUUGCAGCUUUUUCUUUUCAUUCACAUUUUAUAGGUUGGUCAUCUGUUAUCCUAAAUUCGCUCUUGUAGGUGAGUGCAUAGUGCCUGCAUCAAUCGGUCAUAAUUGGUAUUAUAUACCCUCUUCUUUGCAUCCUCACAACACUCAUCUUUUUCAUCUCUUAGCUCUUGAUGGGUUCGUAGUUUUUGGUAUUAUGCCAAUGAUAAAAAUUCUCUUGGUGAUUAUUUUGGCAUUUUUCACCCUUUUUCUUUUCACUGACCUUUUCUAGGACCAUCUUUUUAUCCUUACUCCUACAUAGAAGGCUUGUAUUCUUGAAGAGUUUGCUAGCCCCAUUGGAAACCUUCUAUCUUUAUAUAAUUAUAUUUACAUUGGUUGAGUGAAAACAUGACAAUAACGUUUAUUUUUUUCAUGCUCUUGAAAUUCCAUGUUAUGAUUGUCACAGGUACUGAGGGAGAAGGUUCAUUUCAGCUACAUGUUCACACGUAUGAACAGUGGUACGAAAGGCUUGUGGGGGAAGAAGAAAUAAUGUUUUGAUUCAGAUUCCUUAUGGUCUUAAUUGUUCUAGGAACCAUUUAACUUGGGUGAUUAAAUCCUACCAGGACUUGUAGAAAGCAAAAAGCGAAACGUCCUCGCAAUCCAUUCCUCCCCUUCGUGGACCAAGUUUCUGAGCCGGAGAUUGUGCUGUUUUUAUCGUGAAAUCAAUGCAAAAGCUUCAACCAAUGUGAGCCCUCGUCUGUAUUGAAUGAGCUAUCAAGUAUUGGCACAGGUUUCAAUUCUGCCUUAUCUUAAACUGUCCAAAUGUUGGCAUGCAAAAUCUUCUCUAAGCCAAUGUCUUAAGUUCAUGCAUCCAUGCAUCUGGUUCUUAUACAACUCUUUGGACACUAAUAAUAGUGGAAUGAUCAUUGAGGUACAUUUAGUAUUGAAGUUUGGUCGUAUGUAGACGGGGAGUACGGUAUCCGUUGCCAUAUGGAAACUGCAACGGAAGUGUUACACAAAAUUCCCAAAUUAGCCUUCUGCUGAAUGGGUUUGAAAUAUAAUCAACAAAGUUAAAAUA